AUGGCUCUUCUCGUCAUUGCAACCCUUCUGCUCAUCCUCUACCCCACCACCCUCAUAAUUUACAAUCUCUUUCUCCAUCCUCUCGCCCGCUACCCCGGCCCUACCCUUUGGCGUGCAUUCCGCUUCCCCUUUCUCCUCGCCAACAUCGGCGGCCAACUCCCCCAUCGUAUCCACGAUUUCCACGCCCAAUAUGGCGACAUUGUCCGCGUCGCACCAGACGAACUCUCCUUCGUGGAUCCCCGCGCCUGGCGGGACAUCUACACUUCAGAUCGUGAAUUCGUCCGCCCGCGCCAAUACAAAGACCAACCUCCCGGCAAAACGGCAGCAAACCUAAUUGCAUGCUCGGAGGCUGAGCAUGCCCGCCUUCGCAAAAAUCUGGCACCAGGCUUUUCGGAGAAAUUCGCUGCACUUCAAGAACCAAUUCUUCAGAAAUACAUCGAUACACUUUUUGCGAAGCUGGACGCCAAGAUCGCGAGCAGUGAGGGUGACAGCGCCAGCAAAGGUGCGGAGGUGGACCUGGUGGAAUGGAUCAAUUACCUCGCCUUCGACGUGAUAGGUGAUCUCACCUGGGGUAGCUCGUUCGGGUGCCUCGAGGGUCUGCGGUACCAUCCCUGGGUGCAGACCGUUAGCCAGUUCAAAGCUGCUAUUGUUGUUGGGAUGAUAAAAUUCUAUCCUCCGCUUUAUCGUUUACUCAUGGCCAUUACCCCAGCAGAUGCCCUGAAGCCGGUGAUGGAGAUGUGGAAGGUCACUGAUGAACGGGUGGCGGAGCGGGUGGCCACUACUACUCCUAGUACUACCACACGACCAGACUUCGUGGGAAUAAUGAUGGCGUCGGGCGCAAUGACGCAGGAGGAGAUGGAAGUGAACUCGAUGUUAAUCAUCGCAGCGGGGAGUGAAUCAAUAACCACCGUUAUUACGGGCGUCAUCAAUUAUCUUCUGCGGGAGCAGGACCAGAGGUCGCUCCGUGAGUUGGUAGACCUGCUUCACAACACCUUCCCCACGGAAGAGGAAAUCACAGCCACCAGGCUGAAAUCUGUCUCAUACCUCGACGCAGUUUUGAUGGAGGGCAUGCGCCUAUGCCCAACUAUUCCAGAUGCCAUGCGACGACAGGUCCCACGCAAUGGAGCCAGGGUAGCCGGGCAAUUUGUACCUGAAGGGAUGAUUGUCUCAAUUCCUCCACUGGCUAGUUACCGCGCGCCCGGCAAUUUCAGUAGCCCGACCGAGUUUGCCCCGAGACGGUGGCUGGGAGAGGAUAAGCAAUUCGAUCUGAGUAAGCAGAAGAAAGCUUUCAACCCAUUUUCGCUGGGAUCGCAUAAUUGUCCUGGCCAGAAUUUGGCUUGGAUAGAGCUGCGGCUUAUUCUUGCACGCUUGUUGUGGAGGUAUGAUCUAGCUGCGGUGGAUGUGCCGGCUUGGGAGAAGCAAGGGAUUUGGUGGUUUUGGGAUAAGAAACCUCUUGUCGUGAGGAUUAAAAGAGCUCAUUAG